UAAAGAAUUUAGGUAACCGCGGCAUCUGAACAUACCCUGAAAAUUAUAUGUUUCUCGGUUUUUACGUUCGAUAGUUAUCGUAUUUACGGCCGGACAGGCGAACAUCCUCGGAUUUGACCACGUAUUCAUCAACACCGAGUUGAAUCUUAUCGAUCGAGACCUUCUUCUAUUUUUAUAAUGAAGUGGAUUGGUACCUAGAUAAACGGAAAAUACCCAUUACAGAAUUAUUGAUUCGAUCCUCUUUCAAUCUAAUGAGCCGAAAGCCUGCCAAAAUAAACACAAUGGCUCCAAUCGAAUUCAUAAAAUUCACCAUCGCGAAAUAACGAAGUGUUGAAAAACCAAAACUCGAUCUAUUUUUAAACGAAUUAUGGAUUAGUGAACAGAAAUCUGAAAGCUCAUAGAUCUAUUCCAUUUCCGAACGUUGAUCCAGUUAAGUGGACAAAGUGUCUAAUUAUCUUCCAGUGCCUGUAUUUGAUGGGAAAUAGAUAACAUAAUGCAAAUGUUGGAAAUGAUAAAUAUAAUGGAUUUUACAUUGGAUACUCACAGCUUACAACAAUGAAAAUAUGGAGGUGGAUAGGUGUGGAAGUGCGUGAAAGAAAAAUAAAAAAUGAUGGCUAUUACUCGAACUGAAAGCUCAAUAAAAUUGGUUAUUUCUCUGUUCCUGGUUUUAUGCAACAUCAAAUACUGCACUUUGAAAGUACAAGUGCUAUCGGAGCAACUCUUACUUCCAACAGCAAUACAACAGCAAAAGGAUAUCAGUAGGACAAUACACAAAGAAAAUGUUGCACAUGGCAACGUCAAAGAUUCGUCGGUUGAAACAGAAGAAAAGUUUUCGAUCCAACUUGAAAUAUCACAUUCCCAGGGGGAGAAAUCCAGUUGCUAUCUGAUGCCAGUGAACUACCUGUUCACAUUAAUUUUAGAGGAAAACAAUUGCAAUAUAAUGGUCGAUAAAUUUGAUGUCAACUCUAUGAAGAUUUUGAAUCAUCUCAAUACUUUCUGCAAGCGAGAUAAAAAUUUUGAUCUCGCAAUGAAUACCAGAAAUAUUGGGUUUAAUGAAUCGAACGAAUGCGAAGUGAAAAGACAAAUAGGUGAAAGAUACAUUAUUGUGACAAAAUAUUCCAAGAAUAUUUCAGAAAAUGAUGUUUUGAUUAAAAUUUGUAAACAUUUGAAUCAUAUAAAUGAAGAGAACAUUCAAGAUAUUGAGAAUUCGAUUUGUAUAUUCAUUUCGGAUCAUUAUCUUCAAUACCACAAUAAGAAGUGUUGUAUUGGCAGUUUCGAUUUUAUUCCAAAAAGCGCUCUUCAGAUAGAAAUGAUAAUGUUAUGGAUUCAAAAGGAUGGUUCCUCAUAUUUUAUUGGAACCUUUUACUGCGUAUCUUUUAUAUGCUUGUGCAUAAUUUUUUUGAGCUGUAUAGUUUCUAGGACUUACAGGUCAGAAAGAGGUAAUCUUAUCUUGAUACAUUUUGCUUUUUCUAUAUUCGUCCAAUUCAUUCUGCAUGUUUUUUCCUGUUUAAUGAUCGUUUCCCCUUUUUCGUGCUACUUACAGUCCAUAGCUUUUCAUUAUUUCUCCCUGGUGGAAUCGUGUUGGACUUCCAUAAUAGCAUACUUGCAGUAUAGAAGAUUUGUGAAGGUCUUUGAUAACGAACCCAAUCACUUUAUACUCAAAUUAUGCUCAAUAGCUUAUAUUUUACCAAUAAUUCCUAUUUUUGUAUGGAUAUUAUAUCACCGUUCGAAUACUGAACUCGCAAACUACCUCACAUUUGGUUUACCAGAGUUUUUGAUUUUGUUGAUAAAUUCCACCCUUCUUAUACUUAUAAUAAAAAAUUUGGUUUUCGGGAAAAACAAAUAUAUCAAACAUAGAAAGAGUCUAUCGAUGGAAGUCAAAUUAAUAUUCUUCUUGUUCUUUAUAUUGGACUUCAGUUGGUUUCACAUCAUAUUAGCGGAUAUAACCUCGAAAAAGAUUUUUAUAUAUUUAUUUUUGUUUACUCAGUCGUCACAAGGUUUUAUGCUAUUUUUCGUGUUUGGAAUCAUGAACGAACAGAACAGAUUGAUUUAUAGAAAGUUCUUGUACGAAUAUUCGAGAGGAUUUCUGAGAAUUAAAUAAUUUUAUCAAUGAGAAAAAUAUACAGCGAAAAAUUUUAUCUGAAGAAAUCAUCAUGUAUCCGGAAGAAUGGAGAAAUUCUCUCUAUCUAAGAACUCGUAACGAAUUAUUCAAGAGAAUGCUUCCCAACAAUUUGAGAAAUAUUACACCAAUGUGUAAAAUAUCGAAAAUUUUAUUCAUAUAAGAUCAUUUUUACUAGGUUUAUUAAUAUAAACCUAGUACAAAUGAUCUUAUAUAAAUAAAAUUUUCGCUAUUUUACACAUUGGUGUAAUAUUUCGACAAAAGACAAAAUCCUAAAUACUUUGACAUUUACAGUUCGCUAAUGAAUUCCAUUCCAAAUUCUAUAUUGAUAUCGGGAUAUGGUAUUGAAGAAAAAUUCGAAAUAAUAUGAAAGAGUAAUAACAUUUCCAAUUCUCAAUGUCGUCUUCAUAAAAUAAAAUAUAAAUGAUAGAA